AUGUACCGACCAGCUUCCCUACUGUCCGUCCUUGCGGCAGUCGCCGUAGUGCCCACCAUCGCCACAAACUGGGGAUUGACGACCAAAAUCACACCGAACACCUGGAGUCAAAACUUCAACUUCUACAGCGGGCCUGACAAUUUCACAAAUGGUCUAGUAGUAUAUCAGAGCGAAGCUGCCGCCAAGAAUAUGGGCAUUGCGGGUGUAGUGAACGGUGAAUAUAGGAUGGCCGUCAGCACUCAAGCUGUGGCGCUGGAAGGACGGCCUAGCGUCAGAGUUGAGAGCAAACAGCGAUUUGGGGAUGGCGUCUAUGUGUGAGUAUUUUCGCUCGCCGUCCGGAAACUCGGAUGGAUACUGACUGACGUGCAUGACGUUCGUUGAAAAAAGCCUCAACGUGUCGCACGUUCCCACCGGCUGCUCCACCUGGCCAGCUUUCUGGACAACAACUACGGAGGAGAACGGGAAAUGGCCAAUCGGAGGCGAGAUUGAUAUCCUUGAGAACGCGAAUGACGAAUUUACAAGCAACCUGGUCUCUCUUCACACCAAGUCUGACUGUCAAAUUCCGGCGAAGAUCUCGGGCCAGACAGGAAGCGUCGACUACACCACGUGCUCAGUGUACGUCAAUAACAAUUCGGGCUGCCGCGUCCGCAUGAAUGGCGGAUCUGCACCUACGUGGGGAGCCUCUUUCAACCGCGCCAAGGGAGGCUUCUUCGCAAUGGCGAGGUCGUUCGGAUCUACAGGCAAGGGCGUGAGAGUGUGGUACUGGCCAAGGGGCAGUGAGCCUGCGGAUCUCAAGGCAAGCUCAAAGACGGUCAACCCUGAUGCUUGGGGCAAGCCCGCUGCUUGGUUCAACAUUGCCAACUCUUGCCGUUCCGAUUUCGGACGUAAGUCGUCAUUGCCGAGCAUUCACAAAGCCAUCAUUCGCUGAUGAAUUCCUCGUCCAUCUGUUCCUCCUCGUAAGCGCACAAGAUGUAAGCGAUGCAAAUCUGAAAGGCAAGAGUCGGAAUCGGUUCAUUGGCUGACAUCUCAAUUCUCACGCCUCGCCUUUACGUUUCUCAGCGUUUUUGACAUCACCUUAGGAGGAGUGAGUGCACCCGUCGCUGACCUUCCACUCUCUUCUGCGCCUGCCACUGACGCUUUGAACGAUCUGUGCAUCUGCAGGACUGGGCUUUCAAUACUUACGUUUCUUCGGGCUGUGCAGCGAAGUAUGGGAACCGGCCGAUCGUGAGUUCGGACAGCAUUGUUGCAUGAGCAUAGCCAGAACUUAAUAAUUCAACGGUGAUUGCGCGCAAAAUUCGAUGGAAUGCAGACCGACCAAGUGGCUUACAAUGGCACUUCAUACAACAAAGCCUACUGGAGUGUCGGUGGCGUUCGCGUCUUCGCUACAGGCGGCGGCACCGACAACGCAGCGUGAGUCUCUUCAUCGCGGCAUGCACCCUCAAUUAUACAUUUCUUUGCUGAUUGACUUGUAUGUCUCCGUUGUCUUCUCUUGCGCAGGAGCCUGAGCAAGAAACGUUCCGGGGUUGAGCUUCAGCGGGAAGCAUGA